AUGUGUAGAGAACAGUAUAUGUCUUACCAUAAAGCUUACAUGAGCUUCUUGGCACAAAAAGCUAAAGCCUCUUGGAUGAUUAAUGGUGAUGAAAACACUCACAUCUUUCAUGCUUCACUUAAGGCAAGGAGACUUCAGAACAAAAUUUUAUCCAUCAAGAAUGAGGUAGGGAAUUGGGUAGACUCUCCUACAGCUAUAACAAAUGCUUUUUUAGAGUAUUAUAAAGGCUUGUUAGGGACAGUAAUGGUAUGCAGGAAGAAGGUGUCACGGUCAAUCAUGAAGCUGGGACCAGUCCUAAACGCAGGGCUCAUUCAGGUGCUUACAAGGGAGUUCUCAGCUCAGGAAGUUAAGAACAUGAUAUUUGCAAUCCCAGGGUUGAAAACCCCAGGCCCCGAUGGAUUUGGUAGUUUUUUUUACCAGGAUAAUUGGGGGUUGGUGGGUUCGGAGGUCACUACUGCUGUGUUAUCCUUUCUUACUUCAGGUAAAAUUCUUAGAGAAAUUAAUAACACAGCUAUCACACUUAUUCCCAAACAUAUAUGCCCAUUUUCGGUGAGUGAUUUCAGACCUAUAUCCUGCUGUAAUGUCAUUUACAAAGCUGCAUCUAAGUUGAUUUGUUCAAGGAUAAGGAAGGUGCUACCUGAAUUAAUUGCAGACAGUCAAGGGGGUUUUGUUCAUGGUAGAUAUAUAGCAUACAACAUUAUGACAUGUCAAGACCUGGUUCGGCACUAUGGGAGGAAAAACAAUAAACCAAGUUGCCUGAUUAAGUUGGAUUUGAGGAAAGCAUAUGACACCAUCGAAUGGGAUUUUAUUGAAGAAAUGCUCACUAGUUUUCGAUUUCCACAGAAGUUGAUUCAGCUUAUCAUGGUAUGUGUGAGAACUACCAGAUUUUCAUUGAUGAUUAAUGAUCCUAUAUCCCCCUUACUAUUUGUACUUGGUAUGGAAUACUUAUCUAGGAUAAUGCUUAAGGUUGGUUCUCAUCCUAGUUAUAAGUAUCAUGAUCGGUGUGCUACUUUGAGGUUGAACCAUUUAUGUUUUGCUAAUGACAUUUUGUUGUUCAGCCAUGGAGACUUUAGUUCUAUACUUUUGAUGCUCAGAGGUCUCAAGCUGUUUUCCACGACUUCUGGACUCUUUCCAAAUGAGGCAAAGUCUGCAAUAUAUUGCAGUGGCAUGAGGGAUUCUGAGAUUGAGAGAGUACUAGCUGCUUCAGGAUUUUCAAGAUCUACAUUACCAUUUAGAUACUUGGGCAUUCCUAUCUGUUCUAAAAGGAUUUCUAAGGUUGAGUGUGGGAUCAUUCUAGACAAAUCAUUCUAG